AUGGCAGAAUCUCAUCGAGAUCAUAAUAAAUCGUCAAAUACAUCUUCAAGUAAAAAUUAUCGAAAUAGUAAAGAUGAAAUUGAACGAUAUACUCGAAAACGAACACAUAUUGAAAUGGAAAAUAUUGAUGCGAAAGUUUAUGUUGGGAAUGUUUUAACUGAAAAAGUUACUGAUGAUGAAUUAUUAAAUUUUUUUAAACCAUUCGGCAAAAUUGCAGACAUACGAGUGUUUAAAGAUCAUAUAUUUGUGCAAUAUAACCGAGUUGAUGAUGCAAAAAAAUUAAUUAAAGAAGCACAAAUACCAAUGAUACUCAAAGGAAAAAAACUUGAUGUUUUACCAGCAAGAGAUAUUAGGUCAACAAGUACAAAAUCAUCAUCAACCGAUCGAUCAUCAAAAAGAAGUCAUGAAACAACUUUUCAUCAACAUUUAUCGAAUUAUGAAUCAUCUCGAAGAAGAUUUUCAACAUGUACAAGAUCAAAUUUUAAAUCUGAAAAUGAUAGAAUUGAAACCGAAAUUACUGAUUGUAUGAAUAUGUCAACAUCAAGGUCUGAUCCUUGUCGAUCUAAUAAUGAUUCAAUAUCUCGAAAUAAUCUAUUACCUUAUACAAUUUUAACAGGACCUAAAAAUUCGAAUGAUUUAGUUGAUUGUCAAAUAAUUAUUGUUAAUAAUCGACAAAGAGUUUAUGCUGAGGAAAUCGAAUCUCGUCUUUGUUCUCAUGGUCUUGUUACAUCAAUAAUACUUCUUCGAGAAGAUUAUACAUUAACAGAAGCUAUUGAGAAUGCUUCUCGUUUACAAUGUUUAUAUGGAAUUAUUGCAAUGCCUAUGCAUGAGAAACGACAUACAGCAUCUUUUCAUAUUUUAUAUGGACAAACAGAAGAUCAGAGAAUGUCACCUUAG